CUCGAAGCUUCUUGCUCGUCAAAGAACCGAUUUAAUACGCCCCGAUAUCGAAGCGACAUGGUUGGAAAUAUUAUUGCCAAAUCGAAAGAAAUUGCUCAUCUGUUCAAUUUAUAGACCACCGAAUAUGAUAUAUAAUAACUUCAAAGUUUGUUUCGAAAGUAUCUUGGAAAAAACAUCGACCGAAGGUACAGAAUUACUUUUCUUUGGGGACUUUAACUGUGAUAUGCUUCCUAGGAAAUUGUCUGCUGAUGCAAGGGACCUUCGUCAACUAUUUAACGUUUAUCAAGUAACUCAGCUUAUUAAAUCUCCAACGCGCGUUACAAGCAAUUCUUCAACCCUAAUUGAUCUUGCCUUAGCAACAGAUGUAGGAAAAAUUGUUGCAUCUGGAGUUUUGCAAUGCUCGAUUAGUGAUCACUCGCUUAUUUACUUAGUAAGGCGUGCAAGAAAGCCACGAAAUACUUUUAGGAAUAUUCAAUUCCGAAAUUUAAAAACCUACUCAGCCGAAAGAUUUGUUGCAGAUUUGCAUAAUGCCUCAUGGGAGGAGAUCGACACAUCGUUAACUGUAGAUGAUGCAUGGAAUGUAUUCAAAUCAUUACUAAACAAUAUAAUAGAAAAACAUGCACCACUUCAAUCAAAAAGAGCACGGGCAGACAGUCUACCAUGGCUCACUAGUGACAUUAGGACUUUGAUGCGUCAACGUAAUUUCCACCAUAAAAGGGCUCAAAAAACUAAGUCUACCGACGAGUGGGAAACGUACAAAAAACUACGCAAUAAAACAACACGGCUCAUUAGAGAUACGAAGCGAGACUUUUACUCUAAUGUGAUCAAUGAGAAUAAAAAAGACUCUACUAAAUUAUGGAAAACAUUAAAGACUGUAAUCUCUAAUGCCAAAAAGUCCUCAAGUGUUGGAUAUUUGGAAACAGCAGUUGGUUUAGCGUGCAAACCGCAAGAAAUCGUACAAGGUUUUGCCCAAUAUUUUUACGAAGCCGUAACGAACAUAAGGCACAACUUACAAUCUCUAGCUUCCCCUGUGAUAUGCUCAGUUCCUAAACCAAAUUUCACGUUUCGACUUUCCACAAUAGAUGAGACUUUUGUCUAUGACCAACUGAAGAAAAUUAAAACAUCCAAGUCAACUGGGUUAACUCAUAUUCCCGCACGCCUGCUGAAAGACGGCCGUAAUGCCCUAGCUAAACCUCUAACCGUCCUAAUGAAUAGAUCACUAGCUGAAGGUACCAUACCAUCUGAAUGGAAACAUGCCAUGGUAACGCCGGUGUACAAAUCUGGUUCAAAGACAGAUGCUGCUAAUUAUAGACCCAUUUCUGUGUUACCUGUUUUUGUGAAAAUACUUGAGCGUGCUGUACACAGUAUGGUAUACCAUUACCUCCAAGAAAACCAACUUUUAUCCACCUAUCAAUCCGGUUUCCGUCCACUACACUCUACUGGUACAUGCCUUAUAGACACCACCAACAAGUUACUUCACAAUAUAGACAGGGGAUUGCUUACUGGCAUGGUCUUUCUAGACCUUUCUAAGGCUUUUGACACUCUAGAUCAUGAUAGGAUGCGAGAAAAACUAUCCCAGCUAGGGUUUAACGAUUCUGCAGUCAUUUGGUUUGAUGGUUACUUGACAAAUCGGACACAAAGUAUCACUAUAAACGGUGUGGUCUCUGAUCCUCAGUUUAUACAAUAUGGUGUUCCUCAAGGGUCGAUAUUGGGGCCCUUACUUUUUAUUAUAUAUAUUAAUGAACUACCGUCUGUAAUUCAGAACUGUAGUAUCCAGCUAUAUGCUGAUGACACUUUGCUCUUUUUCAGUAGUAAUUCUGUUACAUUGAUCGAAUCCACUUUAUCUGGAGAUCUAAACCGUAUAAUAAGUUGGUUAAAUAGAAAUUUCCUUUUCCUAAACCAUUCUAAGACAAAGAUCAUGUUAAUUGGAACGCAUCAGAGACUUGCCAAAGUUGAUAGCUUUAACAUUGAAGCACAAGACACUAAGUUGGAUAGAGUUUACAAAUUCAAAUAUCUCGGUGUUAUGUUUGAUUCAUGCCUUUCUUGGAAUGAUCACAUUGAUUAUAUUUCUACUAAGAUUUCAUCUCGGCUUGGCAUGUUACGUAAGGCUCGAAAGAUUAUUCCGAGGGAGACAUGUGUCACACUAUAUGAUGCUAUGAUUCUGCCCUUAUUUGAUUAUUGUUCUGCUGUUUGGGAUAAUUGUGGUAAAACAAAUUGCGAUUUCCUAGAAAAGCUUCAAAGGAGGGCAGCUAGUAUCAUUGAAGGACGUCGAGUGCUGCAAUCUGAUGUGAAUCUUACACUAAGUUGGCCAUCAUUACAAUCUCGAAGGGAGUAUCAAAUUUGUCUCCAAGUCUUUAAGUGUCUUCACGGCUUGGCGCCGGUUUAUUUAUUGCAUGAGUUUAACUACUCGCGCGAAUUUCAUGCUUAUAAUACAAGACACAAAGAUAACCUCCGCCUACCUCUAGCUAAGACCACAAAAUAUCAAAAUUCUUUUCGAUAUAACGGGGCAAAAAUAUGGAAUAGGUUGCCAUUAAUAUUGAGAAAUCAAACCAGGUUUUCUAAAUUUAAAAUAGAUGUAAAGAAGUAUCUAAGGACCGAAUGUAUUUAGUCCAAGAAAGUAUUUAGUCUAUAUUAUAUGGAAUCUACAUAAUAUAGUUAUUAGUAUACAGUAUGUUAAAUUGUUGUAAUUUUAUAUAUGUUAGUAUGUAGCUGUGUGUUUUGUAAUUCUAUUUUUGCCAGGGCUCCACUUAAACCAGCUAUGCUGAGUUGGAUGUCCCUGAUUAAAUAUUGUUAUCAUCAUCAUCACUGUUUCGAAGGACUCGGACGGAUAUCUGAACCUUAUCACAUAAAAGUUAACCCCACCGUCACCCCCGUCAUUCACCCCCUCGGAAAUUGCCUGCAUCCCUUAGAGACAGAGUUCAUAGCGAACUGUCGUCUAUGGAAGAGAACGGAAUAAUCAAAAAAGUCGACGGCCCUACGGCAUGGGUCAAUUCCAUGGUUGUCAACGAAAAACGGUCCGGUAAACUACGUAUCUGUAUCGACCCUCGAGACCUGAAUAAAGCGAUACUUCGAGAACAUUAUCAAUUGCCUACGCAACAAGAGAUAACCAGUCUAUUGACAGGCGCUAAAUACUUUAGUAAACUAGACGCCACAUCGGGAUUUUGGCAAAUGCCACUAGACGAAGAAAGUUCCUUUCUUACAACAUUUAAUACCCCGUUUGGUCGCUAUCGCUUCACUGUAGUACCUUUCGGCGUGGUAUUCGCACAAAAAGUUUUUCAUAAGACUGUUCAUGAGCACUUUCGAGACAUACCCGGUUGCGAGACCAAUAUAGACAAUAUUCUAAUUUGGGGACGUAUGAUAGACGAACACGAUCGGAAUUUAGAACAUGUACUUAAUCGCGUUAGUCAGAUAAAUAUGAAAUUAAGUAGAGAGAAAUGCCAAUUUCGACAGACCGAGAUUACCUACCUCGGUGAGUGCCUCACUCAGCACGGUGUCAAACCUGACGCAGACAAGAUAAAAGCAAUUAACGAUUACGUAAAACCGAGCAAUAAACAAAAUGUACAAUGCUUACUCGGAAUGGUGAAUUUCUUAGCUAAGUUCGCGUCUAAAGUGUCGGAAGUCAUAGCUCCACUCCGAACUGAUAAAAAAGAACGUUGA